CACACGCUCAUCGUAGUCACGUACAUGGAGAGACUGCUGCUUCGUCUGCUCGUGCCGCUGUUGGUCGCUGGCCCAGGCGCGGGGGGCGACCGGCUACCCGUCAUCUCGCACGUGACGCAGCAGCAGGUGGCGGACCUGGGCGGCUCGGCGGAGCUCAGCUGCGUCGUGCCCCACUCCCAGGGCUACCCCGUGCUGUGGGUGCGGCGCGCCGGCGCGCUGCCGCUGUCCACGGGCUGCAGCCGCAUCGUGCCCGACACCCGCUUCAAGGUCGCCUGCUGGCGCUCGCGCGACGUCUACACGCUCACGAUAGAGGAGGUGCAGGAGACGGACGCGGGCUACUACGAGUGCCUGGUGCUGCUGGACUCGGCCACGCCCUUGGCCGCGGAGACGGAGCUGGUGGUGCGAGUGCCGCCCUUCAUCCUGGACUCGUCGACGCGCUUCGCGGCGGCCGAGGAGGGCGGCUCCGUGCGGCUGCGCUGCCUCGCCAAGGGCUUCCCUCCGCCGCGGCUGGCCUGGCGUCGCAAGGACAGCUCUCCCCUGCAGGGCGGCAGGGCGCUGCACUGGGGCGGCGAGCUGCAGCUGAGCAACGUGAGCCGCGCGGACGCCGGCACCUACGAGUGCGUGGCGGACAACGGCGUGCGGCGCGCGGCGCGUCUGGCGGCGGCGGUGCAGGUGAGCGGCGUCCCUCGCGCCUGGACGCCCCGCCCCCGCCAGGGGCAGGCGCUCCGCCGCCGCGCGCACCUGCUGUGCCUGGCCGACGCCUUCCCGCCGCCCUCCGUGUCCUGGAGCCGCGGCGGCCGCCCCCUCGCCGACAGCGCGCGCUACAGCGUGUCCCAGACUGCGGGCUACGGCGACGUGACGGCCAGCACACUGAGUGUGCUGCACCUAGAGCGCAGCCAGCUGGGACUGUACACGUGCACGGCUACCAACCGCGUGGGCUCGCACUCCGUCAACCUCACGCUCUUCGAGACCGUGAACCCCACCUGUCCGCCAUCUUGCGACCUGCGGUGACGUCACCCGGAGGCCUCGAGAGCGACCGGCAGUGGCGGCGUGCGAGUUGCGGAGUGAGGGGCGAGGAGCCAGCUGCUGUCUCGCGCGCCUGCAGCCCAGACCUCGCAGCUUCUGAUUGGCUGGCGCCGCAGUAGUCUGUCAUCCAUGGGGAACCCAUCAUUUCCCCUUAUAAACACAUGCCCCUAGGAAUUAGUUUACCAUCGGCUAGUGGACAUCUAGGGAAACGAGCGAUUGUCCAAUCACACACCAAGAUGAAACAAACAUACAGUUAUUUAGUUGUUUGAAGGCCAGCCUGGUGGAAAAAUAUAACGAGAAAUGAUAAGUUUCCCAUGGAUAACAGAUUAAAAGAUAAACCUGGCUUAGACAGCGCUAGAAUGCAUGGCAGAACUAUUCAAGUGAAGCAUUCCGAUCUGGUCAUCAGGAAAUUCGGCUACAGUAAGUAGUACAGUCUGUCAGAAACUCAAGCAUACAUACCCGUUAUUUAUGAUUUUUAAAAAUUGGUUUACGGACGAUUGUUUAACGUGACGUCAUAACAAAACAUUGAUGAAAUGAUUGCACACUUUUAUGAAUAAUACUGAAUCAUUUUUAUUUUAAUAAUAAAAGAAUAAAUAGUUGAAAUUAUACUAGUAAUCAGAUUUUUAAAAUGCAAGAAUAAUAAACCUUUAUUGCCGAAAUUGUUGUUGUAAUAAGCAAUAAAAACCACAUUAACUUUUAUAAACAGUCGACGAAACAAUUCACGUGUAGAUAACUUGUAAUUAAUUAUAAAAACUGGCGUUUAGCUAUAAAGUUUAAACAUAUUUAUGAACAAGUUUUCAUAUUAAAAAAAACUGUAAUCAAAUAUAUAUCAUCAAUUAUAUGAAUCACCAUAAUUUUUUAGUCAAUUGUAACAUAACCUAUUAUUACUGCACUCGCCGACAGCGUAACGGGACACCGCGUAACGGAACAAUGAGCGUAACGGGACACUUUUUCGUGCGUGCAGCCGGCGUUCAUCGAUUUAUAAGACGUUGUUCACGCCAGCUCAGCCGUCCCGCACAGUUAUGACACCGCAAGUAUUAGGCAGUCAUGACAAGCAAGGAGGUAGGUAGCCGUCCCCAUCUGCUUAUAAGCGCCUAAUAUUUUCUGUUACUUGGGCAUCGCCGGCUAAUGGCGGCGGUCGCUUUUCGUCGCCGGGCUUAACACGCACUUUUGUUACAGGGUGUACAUCAUACUUUUACACGACGAACCGUAGGGUGCAGUGUGGCCAGGAACGUGAAUUAAUUUCCGGUACACCCGUCACGUGACGUGUCUCGCUGCGACACACCGCUGCCACUCCGCUCUUGUAUCAGGCGAACAUGUCGUGGCAGGAGGUUGGUUCGUUUCCCUCCGCGCCAGAGCGAUAUUCUGGUGCGUGCGCAGUAGCUACUGUCUGCAUACGUGCAAGGAACAGUUUUAUUAUUGUACGAAUGCAAUAUUUAUGCCACACGUCCACCAGUAAUAAGAUGUGAAGUAGAAAUUAACCAGUCAAGUAUAUUGUUAGAAGUGCAACUUGCUUACACAGAACUUCAACCCAAGGUCUUAUCACUAUAAUGAUUGAAAGUAAGCUAAAAUAAUUACUUCUUUACUGUACAGUUUUAAAGAUUAUUUAAUGUAAUUUUAUUUAAAAAUUUUGUUUUAGCCACUAAAUUAAAAAAAAGGGGGUGUUGUCUGUAAAGUCGGUUUACGAAUGAUAAUUUUAAGUGAUAAUGUCAUUAGAAAACAUUGAUGAAAAAUUGCAUACUUUUCAAAUAUUUUUUACAGUUUUUACAAAUUUUAUUUAAAUGAUUUGUUUAAAUACAAUCACGAACAAUUAGUUAAAAAGCCCGCCUUAACCUGUUUGAUAUUAUAGAAGAUUUUCUCGCACGGUGGUUGGCCGGUUCUUGCACGCUCGGCUCAGGCAGAACAUGACAAUGAGUCAUGCUUUUUCGUGCGUGCAGCCGGCGUUUAUCGAUUUAUACGACGUUAUCACGUCAAAAAGAAAAAGUUGAAAUUUGUGAGCAAACCUGUAUUGGUAAGUUUUUAACUAACCUUUUUUUUAUGUGUAUGGAGUUAAGAGGCGCGCGUAGCUGAGGCAUGUUAGUGUAACCUUUGAAUAUAUAUACUGUAUAGAAGUCGCGAGUGGAUAGGAUUUACUCUACGUUUUUCAGGAGCGUAUGAUGAGCAGCUUGGGAACUUCACCGCUGCAGGGCGCUGCCGUAACGCCCUGUAUCGUCUUAUGUUGUUAUUUACACGUUAGAGCGCAGCACUGUCGCCCGCUGUCAUUCCCCGCACCCCCACCAAUCAUUCACUGCAGCUCAAUGUCGUUCAACAGGAGGGGGAAGGGAUGUUUGAAGAGUUCGACACUUGUCCGCUAGGGACCACCACAAGUCGAUGCCCUAGAGAUGGUGGCGAUUGCGGCGGUGAAUUAACCAACUACCACAAACCGUAUUAGAAAUUUUAACCUGGGCUGGCGACUUCUAUACAGUAUAUAUAUUCAAAGGUGUAACUGACGCGAAAUGUUCAGUGCAGUAGACUUAGAAUGUUCUUGGAAUGAUAUUGUUAUGAAUGUUUCAGCGGGAAAAAAAAAUUAUCCGAAAUUACGCACACGAGUAGGACUUCAACUGAGCGGACUGCUAAGUGCCAAACACUCGUGCAUGAAACUAUGCGAGAUGGUAGAAUAGACAAAGUCAAAUAUACUAAUGUAUUAGUGUUUGAUCUCAACGAGUAUAAUUUACGAAGGCUGGAGAUCUCUGUUCAUCUCUCACGAAAAAAAAAACCCAUAAUAUAAUAUUGAUUUUUUGGUAAGAUAAAUUAAGUAAAUUGUUACAUAGACGUCCUUAAAGUGAUGCCAAAUCACUUAAUUACUAUCAUUAUUACUUUAAAUUUCAUUGAUGAUUUGCAAAAAAGCCAUAUGAAUUUGCCAUAUUUUUCUUGUGCGCUUGUUUAAAGGGUAGUAAGCUAGAUACUAACUUUACUGAUUGCUUUGUAAGGAACCCCCUCAAGUAGUCUUUUGAAUAGAUUCGUAUAGGUUUUCACAACGUCGGGCAGUAUAUUUGCCAGACAGACGACUAUGUUAGAGAUAGAAACUAGUAUUAGCGUUUGCGUGUAUGCCUACUCUAUGGGAGAUAAAUAAACUGGCAUAUGUCAACUCUUUUAAGACUGAAGAUAAGCACCUAGUCUUUACAGAUGAAAAAGUUACCACAUAUUUUUCUACCCAGGACUAAAGAACGGGCAAAGAAAAAAAAAGCAGGGACUGCUAAUAAUGGUAAUAAACUCCAGCCUACGGAGAAAAUAAAACACGAAUAGUGAUUCGUCAGGUAUUCUGUUAUGUCACUUUUGAACCUCGCUACCGCCAUGUUGUUCCGCCCAAAACAUAGCGGAAAUGGUGCUUGAUAAUGUCUGAUGAUGGUUAGUAAGUAUGAACCAAAAUCUUCGUCGUUAAACAAGCCACUGUCAUACAAAACUUUUUAACCACAAUGCAAACACUACACGUUUUGUGCAUGUUUUGGGCGUUUAACUAACAUGGUGCAACAAUGAACUGAAGGAAUAAAAAAGAACGGUUUCACAGUUAUUACAGCCUUCUUGCAGAUCUGCGAGACCCCUCGCUUGUGGUGUGGCUUGGACCCACUUUGGUCAACUUACCUGCAGCUACGUCCACUGUAUUUUCCCAAAGCUACUAAUUAUCACUUUAACGUAAGCUUAAGUUAUAGUGCCAUACCAAAAUAGUGUUUUAUUUCUUUGUCCGUUCUCGUAUAUGGGCGUUAACAAUUGUUAUUAGGUAUAGUGGAUGACAGAACAAAAAAAUAUGCCAUCUUGGUUUCAACAGUUGUUUAUUGUUAUUAUUGAAAAUUCGCCUUGUUUAAGGCAGAGAUCACACUCUCACACUAAGAGAUUUUAUGAGGCUAUAAAUAAGCGUACACAGUAUUACUACAGCUUUAGUCAUUAAAAAAAAAAAAAAAGAACUUAAUACUAAAUGCCAAUGUUUUUAUAUGGGAUAACUAUUUGUAGCAGUUAGUCACUAACUUUAAAUGCUCUAUUCAGUUAUUUACUAUGCUUUAACGAAGACAAAUAUUCAAUAUUAUAAAAAUGUAUGCCCUAAAAACUUUUGAAACCAAGACAUUUUGCUUUUGAAAUAAUUUUCCCUAAACAAAUGCAAGAUGGUUGAGAACACAUGUGUAGUUGUCAGUUCCUUGUAUCAUCUUUACUGUAAAAUAAAUUGUUUGGAAUGGA